AAAUUUAUUUAUUUAUUUAUUUUUAAUAGAAAGUUUCUUUAUGCAAAAGCAGCCACAGCUUGCUCAAUGCUUUUUCGGCAUUUGGUCCUAUCGCCUGCAAAUUUGAAAGAGUAAAUUAAGAUGCAUCGAAAGGACAAUUUGGCGGUCCACGGGUGACGGGGUGCACCAGGUGCGGGCAACAUUUCCGAACACUCAGUGGGUCCCCACAUGUUUCUCGACUUCUUCUCUGGGUGCGCGCGCCCGCAUGUGUGUACAUAUAUAGGUAGAUACAACGCCAAAACGAACCGAAGCGUCCCCACUGGGUCUCGGUCGCAUACAUCUUUGAUCUCUAUCUCUCUCUCUCUAGUCUCUAGUCCUCGUCAUACAUCAGAGAGGCAAUGGGCCGCAUAGACCCGCAUUCGUAUGCGGACGCGUCGCAGCCGCUGGUGACGUCGGCGGCGCUGUCCCUGUACCUGGACUUCUCGUCGUCGACCAUCCUGGGGUCGGCGCUGCUCACCCUCUCCGCGCCCUUCUCCGGCGACCUCCUCCUCGACACCCGGCUCCUCUCCGUCGCCGCCGCCUCCGACCCCCUCACGCUCUCCCCGCUCCCCUUCUCCCUCCCCGUCCCCGCGCACGAGUCCGACCCCGUACUCGGCUCCCCGCUCUCCGUCUCCCUCUCCGGCCACUCGUCCUUCCUCCUCUCCUUCUCCACCUCCCCCUCCUCCUCCGCCCUCCAAUGGCUCCCCCCUCCCCUCACCUCCUCCCGAGCCCACCCCUUCGUCUUCACCCAGUGCCAGCCCAUCCACGCCCGCUCCAUCUUCCCCUGCCACGACACCCCCGCCGCCCGCAUCCGCUUCUCCGCCCUCCUCAACCUCCCCAAGCCCCUCUCCGCCGUCAUGGCCGCCGCCCACCUCGCCCGCCGCGACCCCCUCCCCGGCGAGGCCGCCUCCGCCGCCUGCCCCGACGCCCUCUGGUGCGCCCCCGACCGCGUCGUCGAGCACUUCGUCAUGGACCAGCCCAUCCCCCCCUACCUCUUCGCCUUCGCUGCCGGGGAGAUCGCGUCGCGCGACGUGGGCCCGCGGACGCGCGUCUACGUGGAGGGCGGGCCCGACGUGCUCGACGCCGCCGCUAGGGAGUUCGCCGGGGCGGAGGAGAUGAUCCGGGUCGGGGAGCGCCUCUUCGGGCCCUACGAGUGGGAAAGGUUCGACCUUUUGGUGCUCCCCCCGAGCUUCCCCUACGGCGGGAUGGAGAACCCUCGGAUGGUGUUCCUCACCCCGACGGUGAUCAAGGGGGACGCCUCCGGGGCGCAGGUGGUCGCGCACGAGCUCGCGCACAGCUGGACCGGGAACCUCAUCACCAACAAGACCCACUCCGAUUUCUGGCUCAACGAGGGUUUCACGACGUAUGCAGAAAGGAGAAUAGUGGAGGUGGUGCAGGGAGAGGAGCGGGCCGCUCUUAACAUGGGCAUUGGGUGGAGGGGUUUGAACAGAAUGAUGGACAGGUUCAAGGACAACAUGGAAUUUACGAAACUGAAGCCGAGAAUGGAAGGGAUUGACCCAGAUGAUGUCUACUCGGAAGUGCCCUAUGAGAAAGGAUUCCAAUUUCUCUGGCGAAUUGAACGGCAGAUUGGGCGCCUAGCGUUUGAUGAAUUCCUGAAGAAGUACAUUGCUACUUUCAAGUUCCAGUCGAUCGACACUGAAACAUUUCUUGAAUUCCUAAAGGCCAAUGUGCCGGGAAUAGAGAAUCAAAUUGAUCUUCGUUUGUGGGUAGAAGGCACAGGGAUUCCACCAGAUGCUAUGGAGCCCGUUUCGGUAAUUUAUACCAAAAUCAAGUUGUUGGCUUCGGAGUUUAAGAAUGGGAGGAUGCCGAGAGAGGACGAGGUGGCAGAUUGGAGCGGACAGGAGUGGGAGCUUUACUUGGAGAAUCUGCCCAAAUCUGUUGAAGCCUCGCAGAUUGCAGCCCUCGACGCGCGGUACCGGCUAUCGGAGAGCCGUGACUACGAAGUGAAGGUGGCGUUCCUCGAGCUGGCGAUCUCAUGCAACUGCAAGGACUACUUUGACGAGGUCGAGAAAACUCUAAAGCAAGUGGGACGAAUGAAGUACCUCCGCCCCCUCUACACCGCCCUGGUUAGCGGGUCCGGCGGCGACGAGGAGAAGAUGCUCGCGAGGAGGAUAUUCAUGGAGGGUCGCGAGUGUUACCACCCCAUAGCUCGCGGGGUAGUCGAGUCAAUUCUCUCUAAGCACAGUUAGAUAAGAUAAUUGCUACUUAACUAUAUUGCUGUGGCUUCCUGAUGGCAUAAUCUGGCCUAAUCGUAUGUUUUGGGCGGAGCGAAAAACCGAAAAUUUGCUCUAUAAUUGUGUUUUGUUAAAAUUAUUAGGCCUUGGAAGGAUUGUUUUGGUGGAAAACUCAAGGCAAUGAUAACUAUAUUUGAAGCAUUGCAUGUGUAGUUGACAUUACUUAACUGUUACUGGAGGAGGAAGUUUCUGAAGAAUUAAUGUGGCGUUUAUUGAGUCUCCUUAUUAUUUACUUACUAUAAAAUUUAAUCAAA